AUGAAUCCUUUAAGUACAUUUAAGGACAAGAAAGAAAACGAAAUAAAAUAUACAGAUUAUUAUGCACAGAAAUAUUCAAUUAAUAAUAUAACUCCUAAUUAACCUAUGAUAUAAUGUGAAGAAAUAAAAGGUAAAAAUAAAGUUCCUUAAUUAUAUUAUCUUAUACCUUCUUUAUGUAAUGUAACAGGAUUGACAAAUUAAUAGAGAGCAGAUUUUAAUUUAAUGAAAAAACUUGCAGAAAUAACAAAACCUAAGGCAGGUUCUAGAAUUUAAUAAGCAACUAUUUUUAUUAAAAGUUUAAAAAAAGAUGCAGCUUAAACAAUGAAUGAUUGGAAUAUUGAUAUAUAGGAAACUCCUUUAAGUAUUAAAUUUAAAUAAUUAGAUCCUGAAGCUAUUCUUAUGAAUAAAGGAUAAAAAUAAAUAAAUAUUUUGAGUGCAAAUUUAGAUAGAGAUACUUAAACUGUAAUGUAUUAAUAAACCCCUCUAAAUGAUUGGGCAUUUUUAUAUUCAGAUAGGGAUAAAUAAGUAUUUGAUAAUUUAUUAAAUAUGUUCCAAGAAUGUUUAAAAUUUUAUUAAUAUCCAGCCAAACCGCCUAUUACAAUUCCUAUUUAAAGUAGAAAUGCAAAUGAUUGGAUUAAUGCCUUAGCUAAAGCUCCUGAUAAUGUGUAGAUGGUUAUAUUACUUUUACCUGGAAAAAAAAAAUAGGGAUAAUAUUAUGACGAUAUUAAAAGAUUUCUAAUUAAUAUUAAGCCUAUUCCUUCUUAAGUAAUAUUAACUUCUACUGCUUCUAAUUAAAAAGGAUUAAGAACUGUUGUUAAUAAACUAUUAAUUUAAAUUUGUGCUAAAACUGGUGGAGUUCCAUGGGCAGUUAGUAAUAUGCCUUUUAAUAAUGUUCCUACUAUGAUUGUUGGUAUUGAUGUAUAUCAUAAUAUACCUGGAAAAAAAGAAUCCAUAUUUGCUUUUGUUUGUACAGUUGAUAAAGACUUUUCAAAAUAUUAUUCGAAUUCACAUAAUUUGCCUUCUGGUUAAGAAAUAACAUAAUAUUUAAACGGUGUAUUUAGUAUUGGUCUUUAAGAAUUUAAGAAAGAUAAUGGUGUAUAUCCUUUUUAGAUUAUUAUUUUUAGGGAUGGUGUUGGAGAAGGAUAAUUUAAAACUAUAAUUGAAACUGAAAUGGCUUAAAUAUAGUAAGCUUGUAAAAAUUUGACUAAAAAUUAAGAUAUCAAAUAUUGUAUGAUAAUAGUAAAUAAAAGAUCUACAGCUAAAUUUUAUGAAGUUAAUGAAUCUGGAAUUUAAUCUGCUUAAAAUACUCCAUAAGGAUCUUUAAUUGAAGAUGUUGUAACAAGAGGAAAAGAUGAUUACUUUAUAGUUAGUUAAAAAGCUGCUUAAGGUACUGCAACGCCAACACAUUAUCAUAUUUUGUAUAACAAUUUUAUUAGUGAUAUUGAUAAAGAUAAUAAUAUUUAGGUUUAUUUAGAUUUUAAAAGAAAUCUUUAAAUUUUAACUUUCAAAAUGACUUUCUUAUAUUAUAAUUUUUCAGGAGCUAUUAAAGAACCUUCACCUAUUAGAUAUGCUCAUGUCCUUUCUAAUUUUGUAGGUGAUAGAUAUAAUCCAAGAUAAGGAUAAAAUACACUGAUAUAAGCUCAUUCUAAAUAUGAAUCUUUGAGAUCUCUUUACUUUAUUUGA